ACAGUUUAACUUUCGUGCUUUCUGGGCAGAGAAAUGGUCCUGGGGACAGUUCUGCUUCCACCUGAUAGUUAUGGAAGAGAUCAGGACACGUUGCUUUGCUGCCUGUGCAGUGAGGCCUCAGAAACUGCUCUACCUACCUUAUCAGAAGCCUUGCACCGCCCCUAUGGUUGUGAUGUUGAACCCCAAGCACUGACCGAGGCCAUCAGGUGGAGUUCCAAGGAAAACUUGCUGGGAGCCACUGAGAGUGAUCCUAAUCUCUUUGUUGCACUUUAUGAUUUUGUAGCAAGUGGUGAUAACACACUCAGCAUCACUAAAGGUGAAAAGCUACGAGUCCUUGGUUACAAUCAGAAUGGUGAGUGGAGUGAAGUUCGCUCUAAGAAUGGCCAAGGUUGGGUGCCAAGCAACUACAUCACCCCAGUAAACAGUCUGGAAAAACAUUCCUGGUACCAUGGACCUGUGUCACGCAGUGCAGCUGAGUAUCUACUCAGCAGUUUAAUCAAUGGCAGUUUCCUGGUGCGAGAAAGUGAGAGCAGCCCCGGGCAGCUGUCCAUUUCGCUCAGGUACGAGGGGCGCGUGUAUCACUACAGGAUCAAUACCACCACAGAUGGCAAGGUAUAUGUGACCGCUGAGAGCCGCUUCAGCACCUUAGCAGAGCUUGUCCACCAUCACUCCACAGUGGCUGAUGGGCUGGUGACAACAUUGCACUACCCCGCACCCAAGUGUAACAAGCCUACAGUUUACGGUGUGUCCCCCAUCCAUGACAAAUGGGAAAUGGAACGAACAGAUAUUACCAUGAAGCACAAGCUUGGGGGUGGUCAGUAUGGAGAGGUUUACGUUGGCGUCUGGAAGAAAUACAGCCUGACGGUUGCUGUGAAAACAUUGAAGGAAGAUACCAUGGAGGUGGAGGAGUUCCUGAAAGAAGCUGCAGUGAUGAAGGAAAUCAAACAUCCUAAUCUGGUACAGUUAUUAGGUGUGUGUACUUUGGAGCCACCAUUUUACAUUGUGACUGAAUACAUGCCAUAUGGGAAUCUCCUUGAUUAUCUCCGAGAAUGCAACCGAGAAGAGGUGACUGCAGUUGUACUGCUUUACAUGGCCACUCAGAUCUCUUCGGCAAUGGAGUAUUUAGAGAAGAAGAAUUUCAUCCAUAGAGAUCUUGCAGCUCGGAACUGCCUAGUGGGAGAAAACCAUGUGGUAAAAGUGGCUGACUUCGGCUUAAGUAGAUUGAUGACUGGAGACACCUACACUGCUCACGCUGGAGCCAAGUUUCCUAUUAAAUGGACAGCACCAGAGAGUCUUGCCUACAAUACCUUCUCAAUUAAAUCUGAUGUCUGGGCUUUUGGGGUACUGUUGUGGGAAAUUGCUACCUAUGGAAUGUCACCAUAUCCAGGUAUUGACCUGUCUCAGGUCUAUGAUCUACUGGAAAAGGGAUAUCGAAUGGAACAGCCUGAAGGAUGCCCCCCUAAGGUUUAUGAACUUAUGAGAGCAUGCUGGAAGUGGAGCCCUGCUGACAGGCCCUCUUUUGCUGAAACACAUCAAGCUUUUGAAACCAUGUUCCAUGACUCCAGCAUUUCCGAAGAGGUAGCUGAGGAGCUUGGGAGGGCCGCCGCCACCUCAUCUGUCGUCCCCUACCUGCCCCGAUUACCUAUUCUUCCUUCCAAGACCCGGACACUGAAGAAACAGGUGGAGAACAAGGAGAAUAUCGAAGGGUCCCUAGAUGCCACCGACAAUUCUGCUUCCAGUUCAGCACCAGGGUUCAUUAGAAGUGCACAGGUCCCCAGUGGGUCCCCAGCACUGCCUCGAAAACAAAGAGACAAGUCACCCAGCAGCCUCUUGGAAGAUGCUAAAGAGACGUGCUUCACCAGGGAUAGGAAGGGAGGCUUCUUCAGCUCCUUCAUGAAAAAGAGAAAUGCUCCCACCCCCCCCAAACGCAGCAGCUCCUUCCGAGAAAUGGAGAAUCAGCCCCACAAGAAAUAUGAACUCACGGGUAACUUCUCAUCUGUUGCUUCUCUACAGCAUGCUGAUGGGUUCUCUUUCACUCCUGCCCAGCAAGAGGCGAAUCUGGUGCCCCCCAAGUGCUAUGGGGGGAGCUUUGCACAGAGGAACCUCUGUAAUGACGACGGUGGCGGGGGUGGGGGCAGUGGCACUGCAGGGGGUGGGUGGUCUGGCAUCACAGGCUUCUUUACACCACGUUUAAUCAAAAAGACACUGGGCUUACGAGCAGGUAAACCCACAGCCAGUGAUGACACUUCCAAGCCUUUUCCAAGGUCAAACUCUACAUCUUCCAUGUCCUCAGGGCUUCCAGAGCAGGAUAGGAUGGCAAUGACCCUUCCCAGGAACUGCCAGAGGUCCAAAAUCCAGCUGGAAAGGACAGUGUCCACCUCUUCUCAGCCAGAAGAGAGUGUGGACAGGGCCAAUGACACACCUCCCAAAAAGUCAGAGGAAGGUGCUGCUCCAACCAGGGAGAGACCAAAAGCCAAACUUUUGCCCAGAGGAACCACAGCUCUUCCCCUAAGAACCCCCUCUGGGGAUCCAGCCAUUACAGAGAAGGACUGUCCAGGGGUGGGGGCAGCUGGAGUGGCAGCUGCCCCAAAGAGCAAGGAGAGGAAUGGUGGGGCACGACUUGGCAUGGCUGGAGUCCCAGAGGAUGGUGAGCAGACAGGCUGGGCUUCUCCAGCCAAGGUUGCGGCCAUCCUCCCCACCACUCACAACCACAAAGUGCCCGUCCUCAUCUCCCCCACUCUGAAGCACACUCCAGCCGACGUGCAGCUCAUUGGCACAGACUCUCAGGGGAACAAAUUCAAGCUCUUAUCUGAGCAUCAGGUCACAUCCUCUGGAGACAAAGACCGACCCCGACGGGUAAAACCAAAGUGUGCCCCACCCCCACCACCAGUGAUGAGACUACUGCAGCAUCCGUCCGUGUGCUCAGACCCCACGGAAGAGCCGGCGGCCCCGGCUGCCGGACAGCCCACAUCAGAAACACAGGAAGGAGGGAAAAAGGCAGCUCCAGGGGCAGUGCCCACCAGUGGGAAAGCUGGGAGGCCUUUGGUGCCUCCACCUCAAGUGCCUCUGCCCACAUCUUCCAUCUCGCCAGCCAAAAUGGCCAACGGCACAGCAGGUACUAAAGUGGCUCUGAGGAAAACCAAACAGGCAGCUGAGAAAAUCUCCGCAGACAAAAUCAGCAAAGAGGCCCUGCUGGAAUGUGCUGAUCUGCUGUCCAGUGCCAUCUCAGAACCAGUGCCCAACAGCCAGCUGGUGGACACUGGGCACCAGCUGCUUGACUACUGCUCAGGCUACGUGGACUGCAUCCCUCAAACUCGCAACAAGUUUGCCUUCAGAGAGGCCGUGAGCAAACUGGAACUCAGCCUGCAGGAGCUGCAGGUGUCUUCAGCCACCGCGGGCGUGCCUGGGGCAAAUCCCGUCCUUAAUAACUUACUAUCGUGUGUACAGGAAAUCAGCGAUGUGGUGCAGAGGUAGCCACUGUCAGCCCGCUCCUACUGGAAGAGGCACAUGUUCCCGAGGGGACGGGAAGGGACUUGUUUUCCUGUGUUCUUGUUUUCAAAAAAUGAAGACUGAUACUUGAGUGUGUUUAUGUGAAGUACCUCAGCUCUCUGAGAUCUCACGUUUACAGGUUCAUCUCAAACAUAACAAAAAGCAAAGCUCAUAGGAGAGGGAAAUGGGCGGGGGUGGGCAGGAUUGGAAGCUGCACUGGAUUAUCAGGGAACGUGUGUACGUGGUGCCGUGAAGAACCAGAUCCAGCCGCUCUGACCUGGAGUGGUGCGAGGUGGCGGACAGGCUGCUCUUGGCCGACGGGCCUGCCUGCGGCUCCUGUCUGUCCCGCACAGGGACCUGGCUAGGGCUCCGGGAGGUACUAACGACUGUAUUCACCUCACCCAGGGAAGUCAGUGGGACAGAAGAAAGGAAAGCUGGGAAGGUGCUAAGUGAAGUUUCAGCCAAGGCUGUUAGAAGCAGCUAUUAGCCUUGCUUCCCCAAGGUCACUUGCUGCAGCAAGAACCGCAAAUCAAAUUGCUAGAAUGACACAAUCGGGAAAGGUGACCCUGUCUGUUGCUCCUCUCCUGUUUUCCAUUGGUGUGUUAAUUGGAGCUGGAAGUAAAGAAAUCUAGGAAGUACAGUCAGGGAGCUUGAAAGCUCCUAAAAUCUCACAUUGAUCAGCACAAGUCACUUCUCCCAGUCUAGUGUGUGAUUUCCUAACAGACCAGGGUUAUAUAGGUCUCUACUGGUUCUUCUCUGCCCCCUGCUGGGCAGGCUGUGUUCCUUAGUCCUGGCUCUUUCAGGCAUUAACCAACAUUGAUUUUGAAGUUAGUGGUCAUGGACAGGUUCUCACAGGGAAUCCUUUUCUGAUACAGUGCCCCUGCAUACUGACAUUCUAGUCAAGGACUUGGGAGCUGUGUAUUUUGUUAUCAACUAAAUCUCCAAGAAAGGGGCUCUUCUUGGAACCCAACAGCCAGGCCCAGAGACCUGUGACUGAGGAGAGGCUGGUUUGGUCCUAGUGGCUGUUUCUCUGUACCUCUCCCUUCAUCACCUUAGACCCAAUCUGGGUAGAAAGUAGAGAGAAGCACACAUACACUCUCUGGAUUUCUAAUGAAUCACCCUAAAUUAUUCUCACAUGCCUUUCUCCUUUCACAGUCCCCCCUCCAUCGUUGUGCUUGUUUGUAAAGAUCACAUUGGGAAUAUUCUUUGAUAUUUAUUUUAAUAUCAUAUUUUAAGAGUGUAUAAUUGAAGGAGCAUGUCAUUUUUAGGGAAAACCAAUUAGAUCCUGGAAAUCUAAUGACUUAACCCUCAAAUAUAUUUUGCCUUUGAAAAAUAGGCCUUUUCCUUCCCUACUCAUUAAUUAGCUUUCAUUAUUAUGGAAGCUAAUUAGGAUCACUUGGAACUGAAUCUAAUCAGUAGAUGUUAUUAAUAUUCUCAUUAUCAGGUCUAAUCCCAGUUACCACUUCAUUCUGUUUUUAAAGCUUUGUGACUCCCUCCCCAAGGAGAACCCAAUACAAAAAAAAUAAAUACAUUAUUUUUUUCCUUCCAAAGGAAUAUUAACUUAGGAAGAUAGGAAUUCA